AUGCCAAAUAAUGAGUCUUUGAUGAUUGCACCCGGCAUGGAGGGAGAGCCCAAACGGCACCGCUCGGAACAACGCGCCAGCAAGCUUCGUCGAGCGGGACGUGCAUGUCUCGGUUGUCGAGCAAGGAAGGUUCGUUGCGACGCCCUCGAGCGUAGUCCCUGUAGCAAUUGCGAGUGGGACAAUGUUGAAUGCGUGGUCCCUCGAAGCCGUCGAAGUAGACCUGCUGCCGACGUCCCGACAAGCCAGUUCUCAGGCCAUGGAUGUUAUUCUACCGACAUAAGUAUGGUCGAUGGAACGGCUACUCAGAUCCUCCGCGAUGCUGCCGAUCCGGACUCUGCGGCUGUCGGGGCUAGCGUUCAGCCGGUGGAGAAUACCCCACGGGCAUCAUCUCGCAAUACGUCCACAAGCUUCUCGAUGUCCAGACCGUUCCCAGGAUUCGUUGAGCCUCUACGGGUUUGCAGGGAAGGAUAUGUUAGCUUUCUCGAGCAGCAGGGGGCUUUCCGCCUGCCCAGUCUGUUCUUACAAAGCGCACUCUUGAAAGCCUUCAUCGAGUUCGUCUACCCACGUAUGCCGUUACUGAACUUGACCAAGCUAUGCGAAGCCAUCGAAUCCUAUGAUAGAGGCACAAAAGACAUCAGCCUCUCGCUGUAUCAAGCUAUUCUUUUCGCUGGUUCCGUACAUGUCAAACAGGCUGACUUGGCUGGGACCGAAUUUUCUGAUAAGCUGAGUCUGAGAAACACACUAUAUCAGCGUGCAGAGUUGCUAUUUGAAUUGGGAGGUCCACAAGACCAAAUCACUCUUGUACAGGUGGCUCUGCUUCUGACCUUUCGAGGUAUAUCCCAAGAUUCACAACUAGACCGGAAAGACUCAUGGCACUGGAUGAACACCGCCGUUACGCUGGCGCUUGAUCUUGGCUUGAAUAAGGAACCCUCUCUGAAAGCAUUCGAUACUUCAGAAAUCAAGUUACGACGGCGACUGUGGUGGUGCUGCUAUGUCCGCGACAAGAUUCUGGCCCUCGGGAUGAGCAAGCCAAGCAGAAUCAAAGAUGAGGACCAUAGUGCCUCCAUGCUCAGCAUACAUGACAUGGACUUGGAAACUCUGAAGACCGAAAGAACAAUAUUCGUGCGUAUCCACUUAGGGCCGUACGAUCAUGUCGAAAUGAUGGAAUCUGCUGAGUUGUGCGUCGAGAAGACCAGACUGUCGAUGCUCAUGCAUCGAACGCUGCAGCUUCAACAAAGCCCCGACAGUCGGCAGAAUUCCUCGAUAGAAGACACAGUGGAGGGAAUUGAGGCAGAUCUCUCAGCUUGGGUCAGUCAAUUAUCAGUUUCUUGUCAGACUCAGCCACUGCCUAUCAGGUUGCGGACCACCAGCAUUCAGACAUCAAUUCGAUCGCGGCGGCAUCUUUUGCAUAUGGCUUACAAUUUUGUUCGACAUACAUUGCAUCAUGGACGCAACGAGCAGCGAAAAGAAGCUCAUUCCCAAAGACCGGUUCAGUCUUUGGAGACAUCAAAGCGCAUCGUGUCCGAGUGUGCGGACAACAUCACUCGGCUUGCAGCCGAUCUUCACCAAGGAGAAAUGGAUCUGUAUCUCCCUAUUGGGGCAAUCACGAUACUAUGUCCCGCAAUCUCUACGCACCUGAUCAACAUGAAGAACCGAAGCCAAGGCUCGAAACAAGCUGCCGUGUCAGGCUUUCGGGUCUGCAUGAGAGUGCUAGACAAGCUGAGGGAUCUCUAUCCCGCAACAGAGGUCACCCUUGCAUAUCUGGAUGUAAUUCUCCAGAAGGCACAGAUGGAGUCAGCUAUCUCGGUACGAGCGGUAUUUCAGCUUAACGAACGAGACCGAAGCGAUAUGCGGAUGAUUCUCGGACGCAGCCGAGGGCAACCGUGGGAUACAAUCGUGACGUCGAAAGCCACAGAUCUUGGCUUUGCUGGCCUUGAAGAUGCUCUGAACCAAUAUGAACGACUUGAUACCCCGGAGUUGUUCGCGGACUACGGUGCGGAAGAAUCAAUGGGGUCAACAUAUCAAACGACAUCACUCGGCCUGCCACUUUCGCCCAAAGACACACUUGGACACGUCGAUUUCAAUGAGAUGAAUCCCGGGCAAUGCCUGAACCUCGGAUGGAUUGAAGAUGCGGACAGCCAAUUACCCACGGAUGAUGCUUUGAUGCCAGCGGCUACAAAUCAAGGAACAUCAUGGUUUGAAGACGAGACUCAUAUGUAUUAA